GCACCUACUCCACACGGCUGCGCAUCCCUGGACGGAGCUGUCAGGAUAACUCAACGGAGCAGGAUACACGCUACUACAACUGCUGUCAACUGACCACGGCUACCGAGGAGCGUUUAUACCCAAAGAGACAGGGGCCAGGUUCAGUUCUGAUCCGGGACGCGAGCGGCCACAAAAACACGCUUGAAACUGCGGUUGGUGCUGGGAGCGACUUGUUUUGGAGUUUGGUGUGAUUAUUGUUCACUUCCCACGCUGCAGACGUUAUUUAGAAACACGACUGAUGCUGUUGGAGUAGUUUAUAAAACUGGCAACUGCUGAUUUCACAGCAGGGUUAUUUGAGCUCCAAAAAGAACCCCAUGUACUUUGGACUUGGUGUGGAGAGACGCACGUAGCCAUAGCGAAACCGUUGCGGGAGGUGCUGCUGAUGCAGGAGUAGGGGAAUUAUUUAGUGAAUUUGUGGAGCUCAGUGGCCUCGUUUCACUCAACAAUUGAGUUCAAUUAAAUAACUGACUUGCAGAAUCGCCCCAAAGACUGACCCCCAACAAGCUACAUCUUCCCGUGCGUUGCCAUCACCAUUGUUCUGGGACUAUGUUAAUGAAGGAGUACCGCAUCUGCAUGCCUCUCACCGUGGAGGAGUAUCGGAUUGGCCAGCUGUAUAUGAUCAGUAAACACAGUCACGAACAGAGUGAACGUGGGGAGGGGGUGGAGGUGGUCCAGAACGAGCCAUAUAACGACCCCGAGCACGGAUCAGGCCAGUUCACUGAGAAACGAAUCUACCUCAACAACAAGCUGCCCAGCUGGGCCAGAGCAGUGGUCCCUAAAAUCUUCUAUGUCACGGAGAAGGCUUGGAACUAUUACCCGUACACUAUCACAGAAUACACAUGCUCCUUCCUGCCCAAGUUUUCCAUCCACAUAGAGACCAAAUACGAGGACAACAAAGGGAGCAACGAUAAUAUCUUUGGCAGCGAGCCCAGAGAGGAGGAAACAGAGAUGUGUUUCGUGGACAUCGCUUAUGAUGAGAUCCCCGAGCGCCACUACAAGGAGUCGGAGGACCUGCGGUAUUUUAAGUCCAAGAAGACUAACCGAGGCCUCCUGCAGGAAGGAUGGAUCGACACCCAAGACCCCAUCAUGUGCUCCUACAAACUGGUCACAGUCAAAUUUGAGGUCUGGGGCCUGCAGACACGCGUGGAGCAGUUUGUACACAAGGUGAUUCGGGAUGUCCUGCUUUUAGGACACAGGCAGGCGUUUGCCUGGGUGGAUGAGUGGAUUGACAUGACCAUGGAGGAAGUCCGAGAGUACGAGCGAGCCACGCAAGAAGCCACCAACCUGAAGAUCGGCACCUUCCCCCCUACCAUCUCCAUCUCAGAGACCCCUCUGCCAUCCAGCACCCGCAGUGGCCCCAACAGCGCCCCGUCCACUCCCCUCACCACAGAAGCCCCAGAGUUCCUGUCAGUGCCAAAGGAGCGCCCCAGGAAGAAGUCAGCUCCGGAGACCCUGACCCUGCCGGAUCCGGGCCGCAGAGAUUCACUCUUCAAACUGCCCAACUUUUUCUUCUGGAACUCCAGUCCGCAGCCUGAAUGAGAGCGUGGCCACGCCACUGGUGAACACCCUUGACCUGUGGAUCAGUGGAGGAUGCCUGCCCAGCACAUCCCACAAUGCCCCCCAGCCAGCUGAAGUGAAGGAGACUUCUUACCGUCCUGGUGAUCCAAGCCCCCUCAGCAGACUCGCCGGUGUUACAGCAACCGCUCUCAGACUGCCUUUACAGACACAGACAGGCAGCCUGACCUCCGUAGCAAAAAGUCCCGCGAGGUGUCACGGUGUAGUGCGUCCCAUCAAGAGUCUAACAAAAGCAGCUGGAGGCUCCUCGUUCUUCUCCUCAGAAAACAGCCAGCACCAUGCAUCAGACCGUUAUUAGUCAGAUUGAGUGUAGCGUACAUUCCUGGAAACGUUUCCUCCUACAGAUUAUCACCUUGCUUUUCUGUGUUGACGAGAUUUAUUCUGCACACUUUACAUGUACAGUUUUUUUUUCUGCUUUACCUUUAUGCAUCGGAGUCUCUGGCUUGUGGUUUGACGUAUCUAUUUAUGUGGUUGGGACUUUUCAACAGGUUCUCUUUGGCCACCGUAUCAGUUGAGUAUCAUGGUUUCCAGUCAGGUGUAAGGUGAUUGUGCAUUCUUGUAUAUACUGUAUGAACAUUAUUUAACCGGUAAAAUGUCAGUACUUUAAGAUGAAUAUCAUAUCCAGUGACGACACUGCUAUGAAACUGCUCUUGUGUAUUUUAAAGGACAGGACUCUCUACUUUCUUUAAGUGUUUAUUAUAGUGAGCUCUGUCCACCACAGUGUCUGUAAAUGACUGAUGUAAGUGCAUGAUUUGAACUGCAGAGGCUGCUUUUAAAUAUUAAAUGUUUUCUUUGUUAUCUCAGUCUAAAACUUGAUGUUGUGUUGAGUUCCUCCAGGCUGCUCAUGUGGUUUGCAUGUUGUUUUGCUGCAUUAUUCAUUUCAACUGUAUGUAUUUUUUAAGUCAUACUGUUGAUGGAUUUUGUAUUCAGUAAAUUAAAUUAAAU